GGCUUUAUCAUCAAAACAUCAAACAACAAUACUCUUUUUAACAAUUAAAAAAACUUAUCACCAAAAAAAACACAUCUGAGUUAGCUAUGGAUUCUUCUCUAAAAGCUCAGGAGCCUCAAGUUGUUGAGACACCUGAUGAAGUUGCUCUCAAAGAAUUUUAUAUGAAGCAUCAUUUAGCAGAGACACCUGUGAUUGUUCCUUCUCCGAUAGCUGAAGAGCCCGACAACGAUGUUCCGGCGCCGGGAAACGAGUUUGCUGAGUUCGCCGCAGGUUGUUUCUGGGGAUUUGAGCUUGCUUUACAGAGGAUCCAUGGAGUUACCGUGACUGAGGUUGGUUAUACUCAGGGAAUCUCAGACAAUCCUUCUUACGAGAUUGUCUGUACGAACGCCACGAACCAUGUAGAGGUUGUUAGGGUUCAGUAUGAUCCUAAGGAGUGCACGUAUGAGACGCUUCUUGAUUUGUUCUGGUCUAGACAUGAUCCAACUACCUUGAAUCGUCAGGGAGAACUUGUGGGAGCACAAUACCGAUCAGGUGUAUAUUACUACACACCCGAGCAAGAGAAAAUAGCACGCGAGUCUCUAGAGAAACAGCAGACAAAACUUGAGAAUAAGAUUGUGACUGAGAUCUUACCAGCAAAGAAGUUGUACAAGGCUGAAGAAUAUCAUCAGCAAUACCUCGCGAAAGGUGGGAUGCAUGGUAACGCGCAAUCCCCUGCAAAGAGCUGCAAGGACCCUAUCCGAUGCUACGGCUAAUUAAUCCAACCAAAAAAAAGCCUUUGUUCCUCUUCUCCCAAAACAGAGGAUUCUCAAAAGACCUUUACCUGUUUGUUUGUGUGUGACGUGUGUCUUAAUUUGUAAUUCUCAGCUCAUAAUAAAAGAUGUAUCUUACCUCUGUAAAACUUGUAUUCGCUUCUCAAAAUCAACAAUUAAAUUUAUUAAUGAAUAAC